ACCACACCUACCCAUAACUAAGAUUUAUCCAGAGCACUUUAACACAACGCAAAACGUACUGUGUAGGAUAACAUCUCGUAGAUUGUCUAAGACGUCAUCAUUUGGGGUUCAUACGCUACUGUGUACGAAUCUUUGGUUCGUAAUUUGGACUAAGGAGACACCGUCCACUUUUAGUUACCACGCGGUGGUCCACCGAUCCUAAACUAGUGAGUUAUUAGUCUCCUUCCAAGAGCCACUCAACCGUCCGAAGUCACUGACGCCAGAAUGGCCGAUAUAAGUUCGGCAGUUGAGACGUUCUGAGUCGCUGUGACUUUCCGAAACCCAACGCGCAUUUAUUUACGAAGACUGAGACUAGACUCCACCAUGUUCUUUCUGACCUAUCUAUAUUACAAAGUCCUUGCCGUGUUAAUCAGGGCUCUCGCUAGUCGCGGCAAGCAUCCUAUUUCUAGCCCUGAUGACGUCGUCUAUAUUCAGUCGCGGGAGGCAGCGCGAACAAUCAAAGCACAUGUCUACCGAUCGACAUCGGCGCCGAACCCAACCCCCAUUCUCAUUAAUUUCCAUGGCAGUGGAUUCAUUAUUCCUAUGCACGGGAGCGACGAUGAAUUCUGCCGGCAAGUCAGCCGAGAGACGGGGUACACGGUGCUAGAUAUACAGUAUCGGUUAGCACCUGAGCAUCCCUUCCCUGCAGCCCUCCACGAUGCCGAGGAUGCGGUGAACUGGGUUCUCCAGCGGCCUGAGAAAUUCGAUACAUCCCGGCUGGCGAUCUCGGGGUUCAGCGCCGGGGGUAAUCUGGCUUUGGCACUCUCCUCAAAUGUUUUCCCCCGGGGAACUUUUCGAUCAUUGCUCGCUUUCUAUCCCCCGGUUGACUUGUACACGGAACCAGGCUUAAAGACUCCACCGGAUUCUGCAGGAAAGCCGCUGCCAGCAGCGCUAGCCCGAGUUUUUGAUAGAUGUUACAUUCCUGCGUCUUACGAUGCCAGAGACCCUCGAAUUUCGCCUUUUUAUGCCCAAGCUGACCGCUUUCCCGACCGUAUCCUAUUGGUGACGGCAGCUUGUGAUAGCCUUGCAGGCGAAGCUGAGGCGCUUGCCGCUAAAAUUGGAAAAGAACCGGAGCGGGAGAUUCGUGUUCACCAGAUGCAGGGCUGCAAUCAUGGCUUUGACAAGAAUGCCCCCGAAGGGAGCAUUUCCGCAGACGCGAAAGACAAGGCCUACGCUAUGGCCAUCGCAGUGUUGUCCCGGUCUUGAGAGAUGAGACAUCAGAUUGCCAGCUUAUAUACGUAUCUCAUAAAAAUUUCAUAUGCCUUUUGCUGCUUUUAUUUAGGAUCGGGUAACUGGCGGUGAAUCAAUCCAUUAUGGUCUAACUGCAUAUCAUUUGGCCCACCCACAAUAGUGCAUUGGCGCCAGCUGGUACUCCAUAGAAGUUCAUACGAUUGACGGUGAGGUGUCAACUUAGGCCACCGCAUCAUCGAAUCACGAGGUAAAGAAUAAUACCAGGAUGAUGGGACGGUGACGAUCCUGGAACUGGAGAAGAACAGUGGGCCAGAAGAGAAAAUCCUCAUUAACCGUUGAAACUUGAAGCAGCGGUGCCUGACUUAGAGGCGAUGGUGAUGCAGUGGCUGAAACCACACCAUGGAUGGUUGUCUCUUGGGGGCGGAACGGACCGGCAAAAAUGCCCUAUGCCCUAAAUUGCCCGAAGUAGUACCCCUGGAGGGGCAGUUGCGUUUCACCCGCGGUCACAGAUUCCCUUGGGUGGAGAAGCCACUGACCUACGUUACCAUAACUUGCUUAACAAUGGGAAACGGAUUGUAC